AAUUCCCAUGCAUACACGUGUCUUCCCGCCACCUUUCUCCCAGCAAUCAUCAUCACGAGACAUUCUGCAAUACCUAGCUAGGAUUUUGUUGUUGAGAAUCCGUUCUCCGUGAUGGAGAAUAGUGCACCCCCUGCGCCCCCUCCGCCGGGGCAAUUGCCCGGCGCAAUAGAGGAUUACUGCCGGGCCGAUAUACACGUCCACUCCCGCGGGUUUUGGGACAAUGACCCUACCGACCCGCGCCCCUUCCUCGGUUAUUCUCUGCCUCUUCUUCUUCUUCAAUUGUGUAUCAUCUUCGUCCUCACUCAAUUGCUCCAUUUGUUAAUGAAACGCGCCCGCAUGCCCCGCGUCGUCUCCGAGCUUCUGGCCGGCAUAAUACUAGGUCCGACAGUGCUAGGGCAAAUUCCGACGUUCACAGAAACAUUUUUUCCGGCGGAAGGACAAACCUAUUUAGAUUUAUUGUCCAAAAUUGGUUUUAUCUACGCCACAUUCAUGUGUGGAGUGAAGAUGGAUCCUAAGAUGGUUCUGAAGUGCGGCAAGAAGGCAUUUACUAUAGGAGUAACAGCAGUGAUGGUUCCCUUUGCAGUUUUUACCAAAAUUUCGAAAGGAUUAGACCAUUCAGAGAUUAGUAGAUAUAGACGUUUGUCUGUGAAAGCCAUCUUCUCAAUACAGUUUUUGAGUUCGUUUCCCGUGACAGCGUCUCUGCUUGUGGAUCUAAAGAUCAUUAAUUCUGAGCUUGGCCGCCUUGCAUUGGCCACGACGUUGGUUAGUGACUUGGUUAGCAAUGGGGUGUCGACUGUUUUCUCCAUCAUCAAAAUCGCAACCAUGACAACGAUGCCUGUACUGUCGGUGCAUUCUUUAGUUAUGACCACUGCCUUCAUCCUGAUUACUUUUGUAGUUGUUCGCCCACUUUCAGCCAGGGUUAUCAAAAUGACACCGGAAGGAAGGCCAGUAGAUACGUCUUUUGUCAUUUUCAUGACUUUUUUUGUCCUGUUUACAGUCGUAGUCACGGAUAAUGUUGGGAUUAGUUACCAGUAUGGACCGUUCUUACUUGGUUUGGUGGUACCUGAUGGGCCACCUCUGGGGUCGACACUGGUGGAUAAGUUGGAUACGAUUAUAUCAGGGCUGUUUGGACCGCUUUUCGUGGCUUACUGUGGUUUGAGAGUGAACCUCAUUGAACUGUAUGAUCUGGAGUUUGUAGCUGUCAUUUGGGUCACCAUUGCAUUGAGCUUUCUGUCAAAGUAUUUCACGGUUUUGUUAACUAGUCUGGCCUGCAAUGUCCCUCUGAAAGGUGCUGCUUCUCUUGCCUUCAUGAUGAACACACAGGGCUUCAUUCAGAUGUCUUUCUACUUCAACAACGCUGUUAAUCAGACAUUUGAUGCCGAAACCUUUUCCAUGCUCACUUCAUCUGUGAUAGUCACAGCAGCAGCAUCGUAUAUCUUUGUGGGGUUCUUGCAUGAUUAUUCAAGAACAUAUGCUGGGUAUCGGAAAAGAAACAUCGAGAAUAGUUCACUGACCUCAGAGCUGAGGAUUAUGUCGUGUGCUUAUCGACCAGAUGAUGUGUUGGCAGCAAAGAAGCUAUUAGAUGUGUCCUUUCCUUGCAAAGGGAGUCCUAUCUCGGUCUAUGCACUCCACCUGGUGGAGCUGGUUGGGCAGGCAACCCCGCUGCUAAUUGAUCACCAGCUAGGCCAAAAACAUUCCUCCCAAGUUAGCAACGCCCGCUCACAAAAGAUAUUAGACAUGUUUCAGUCGUUCGAAAUGCAGCAUUUGGAGUCAGCUACUGUGCAAUUCUUUACAGCGAUAUCGAUGCCCAAGUUCAUGCACCACGACAUUUGCUCGCUGGCGUUUGACAAGUUGACGUUUUUUAUCAUGCUUCCGUUUCACAGGAGAUGGAACCAGCAGGGGAGGUUGAUCUCAGACAGCACUAUGUUGAGAACAAUUAACUGCAAUGUUCUGGACAUGGCUCCUUGUUCUAUAGGCGUUCUAAUAGACCGUCAUAAAAUCAGGAAAAAGAUGCCUGCAGGGCCAUCGGCGGCUUACCGAGUGGCCGUGAUAUUCAUGGGAGGAUCCGAUGAUCGAGAGGCAUUGGCCUAUGGAAGGCGCAUGUCAAUGUCGCUCGAAGUCGAGUUCAGUCUGAUCCGUUUAGUUCCACUGAACCCUGACAUGGCCGAAAACCAGUGGGACACGGUUCUGGAUGCAGAAAUGCUGAAAAGCGUGAGGGUGUUAGGGCAGCAGCAGGAUAACAUAGUGUACAGAGAGGAAAGCGUGUCAGAUGGGGCCGAAAGCGCUCUGAUUGUUCACGCCAUGGAAGAAGCGUUCGACCUUAUUUUGGUAGGAAGGCGGCACAAAGACAACACGCCGCAGUUAUCAGGGCUGACCGAGUGGAAUGAUUUGCCGGAAUUAGGGCCUCUCGGCGACAUGCUUGCUGCUGCAGAUAUCAACUUCCCGGUUUCAGUCUUGGUAUGUCAGCAGCAACCUUUACAGCAGAAAUGACAAGGUGCAUGGGCUGCCUGCAUUUUAGUGCUUCCAUUUCUUCAAUCAAUCAGACUUCAUGUAUUCAGUCUAUAGUAAUAGUAAUAACUAACUAAUAAUACUAAUGUAUUAGCAUAUUGUGUAUAUUUGUAAACUUGAUGUUGUAUCUA